UACAGGACUCAUCAUGGUGAAACCGAAUACUGCACUAAAGUCAAUAUCGUGGAUGUGGGCAAUAAUGACGGUGCCUAGGGGUGUGUUUUUACUCCUGCUUUUACAGUGUUUUACUGUAAGAACAUCAGGGUUUUCCCCCAGCUCCACAUCAGGUCCCUCCUUCCAGUCUGUCCAGUUCAGCUGUGGCUCCACUGUGUGUCCUUCAGGCACAGACUGUGUCAAAAAGAAUGGGACUCUCCAGUGUGCUGACCCCUGCCAGGAGUACACUGUGCUGAAUGAUGACUGGCGAUCAACAAAUAACACGUCCACCCAGAACCUACACUGUGACCGAAAUGUUGACUGGCAAGGCUGGUAUCGGCUGUUUCUGGGCCAAACCAGUGCUAAUAUUCCAGAGAAGUGUGUGGCUGAAAACAGGUGUGGAACCCAUGCUCCUCUGUGGAUAACAACUCCUCAUCCCACACAGUCAGGUCAGAUUGUGAACCGCACUGUGUGUAACUCAUGGUCAGGAAGCUGCUGUCGUUUCUCCUCACACACCAUCCAUGUCAAGCUCUGCUAUGGAAACUACUUUGUCUACAAACUUGAGCCGCCAAGCAACUGUUACCUUGCAUACUGUGCAGAGGUGAACGAAACAAUUCCUGGAGAUCCUUCAACCACACCUGAUCCAAGUACAGCGACCCUUCUGCCAGUCAGGUCAAUAUCCCCUCCACCACAACACCCGACAACAGCUCAGCAGUUGAGGGUG